UAAAUUUUUAUAAUUAAGUGAUUAAAGUUUAAACUUUCACUAAAAACGUUUGCUCGUUUCUCGCUUCCCCGUACAACGUCAAAGAAACGGAAAUCAGUUUCUGGGAGAGUCGGAGUCCAAAGCUUAACAACGGAGAGUCCUUUGAGGAAUUGAAGCUAAUACUGAAUGGAGGGUAUUGGAGGUGAUAGGGCACCAGUGGCCUCACCUUUGCCUCAAUGGGGGCAUGAUACUUGGAGGAUGUAUCAGUAUUAUCUAGAUAAGACUACUCCUCAUACAACUUAUAGAUGGAUUGGAACCCUUGUUAUAGCAGCUAUAUAUUGUUUACGAGUCUAUUCUGUUCAAGGUUUUUACAUAGUCUCAUAUGGCCUUGGGAUCUACCUUUUGAAUUUGCUUAUCGGGUUUUUGUCUCCUCUGGUUGAUCCAGAACUUGAAAUUUCUGAUUGGCCUCUACUGCCAACAAAAGGCUCAGAUGAAUUCAAACCGUUUAUUCGUAGGCUACCUGAGUUUAAGUUCUGGUACUCCAUGACAAAGGCUUUCUGCAUAGCAUUUGUUAUGACUUUCUUUUCCUUAUUUGAUGUUCCUGUCUUUUGGCCUAUACUACUUUGUUACUGGAUUGUUCUUUUUGUCCUCACGAUGAGGCGUCAGAUUGCACAUAUGAUCAAGUACGAGUACAUCCCCUUGAACAUCGGAAAGCAGAAGUACACUGGUAAGAAAGCUUCUACGAGUGGCAGCAGCUUGUGUGUGGAUUGAAGCUUCCUAUAAUGGACUUUGGUGGGAAGAAAAGGAAAAAUGGACUUUGGUGAAAAGAAAAGGAAAAACAGCAUCGUUACGCAGUUAUUACAAACAUGAGUUAAGUUGUCCCCUAUGAAGUGCUGACAUCCCAGAACAGGAACAUUAUUGUUUCUAUACACAUGGUGAUGAAGAUUUGGUCAAACAGAUUUUUGAGAUUAUUGGCAAGUAAUUUGUACAACACGUUAAUCGUUUCACUUGUGUGAUCUAUAUUUGUAGAAGCUAAUGGGGUGCAACUGCCAAACUGCAAUUCAUACUGACUUCCAUUUCACAUUUAUGUGCUAUUUGUAUCAAGGAAGUUUACCGCCAGGCUUAUUGUUUUUGUUCCUGUUAUUGGUACGUGUAUGUACCUAUUUUUGUGUGUUCUGAUACAGUUUAUUAGUAGUAUAUACACAUGCAAAAAUGUUUUUCUUGUAUAUAUGUAGUUUGAUUUUUAUUUUUUA